AUGAAACGAGCGUCAACGCAUGUCAAGGUGGAUGGUAGGCAGCCACCGGUUCCUCAAACCCGGCACUCAAUCUCCUCAACUGACAAUGCUGAUUUUUGGCGCUCAACAGAAUCCCCGGAACGUAUCGUCAUCCUUGGUUCCGGUUGGGCAGGAUAUGCCCUCGGACGCAAGCUCAACCCCCGAACCUGCAAGAGCAUCCUCAUCUCUCCGCGUUCACACUUCGUCUUCACGCCCCUGCUAGCCUCCACUGCCGUCGGCACACUCGAGUUCCGCACCGCCAUCGAGCCCGUCCGGAGGCUCGGCCUGGCCGAGUUCCACCAGGCCUGGGCGUCGGACAUUGACUUUCAGCGCAAGGUCGUUCGCGUCGAGGCCAACACCCAGGGCGACGUCGGCGCCGUCACGGGCGUCACGCUGACCAAGGGCACCAAGACCGAGACCGAGUUCGAGGUGCCGUACGACAAGCUUGUACUGGCCGUCGGCUGCUACAGCCAGACGUUUGGCAUCGAGGGCGUCGUGGAGCACGCCUGCUUUCUCCGCGACAUCGGCGACGCCCGCAUCAUUCGCCUUCGCGUUCUCGGCGCCUUCGAAAAGGCAUCCCUCCCGACGACCUCUGACGACGAGAGGGCGAAGCUGUUGCACUUUGCCAUCGUAGGCGGCGGGCCGACGGGCAUCGAGUUCGCCGCCGAGCUGCACGACCUCAUUCGCGACGAUCUCGCCCGGCUGUUUCCCCAGCUCAUGCCCUUCGUGGCCAUUACCAUCUACGACAUCGCGCCCAAGGUGCUGCCCAUGUUCGACCAGAACCUGGCCAAAUACGCGACCGACAUGUUCCGCCGGCAGGGUAUCCGCGUCAAGACGGAGCACCAGCUCGAGCGGAUCCGGCGCGAGGGCGACCACCUGAUGCUGCGAAUCAAGGAGGAGACGGCCGAGGUGGGCGCCGGCGUCGUCGUCUGGAGCACGGGACUGAUGCAGAAUCCGCUGACGGGAAAGCUCGUCGGCCGAGACCUGACGGGCAUCGGGAGGAUCGCCAAGGACAGCAGGACGGGCGGCUUCGUCACCGAUCAGCACAUGCGAGUGCAGGUGCAGCUUCGGGGGGACUCUGGCGACAACGGCAAGACCGUCACGCUUCCGGACGUCUACGCCGUCGGCGACUGCGCCGCCGUUCAGGGGCGAAGCUACCCGGCCACGGCGCAGGUCGCCAGCCAGCAGGCGGCGUACCUCGCAAAGCAGCUCAACCUCGACAGCGGCGGCCGACGACACGGGGAGGCCAAGGGGCGAGCGGCCUUUACCUUUCGCAACCUCGGCAGCAUGGCCUAUCUCGGCAGCUGGCGGGCCAUCCAUCAGAGCAGCGCAGACGAGCUCAAGGGUCGGGCCGCUUGGAUCCUCUGGCGCACGGCGUAUCUGACCAAGAGCAUGAGCGUGCGGAACAAGAUCAUGAUUCCCGUCUACUGGUUUAUCACCUGGGUCUUUGGCCGCGAUAUUUCGAGAUUUUAG